AUGGCUUCUCAACAAUCGGAAAUGGGCAAGGAAUCAUUUGCUUCUGCUGUUACUGGGAACAGCGCUGGCGGCUCACCUCAACAUGAGACGAGAUAUUUUUCUUCAAAAAGGUUAGUUAUCACUAGAGAAAUACAGGCGGAGGAAGGAAUUACUGCUCCUUAUCGUUCAGGUCCCCUUCCACCACCGUCCAUUUCUACUAAUGGUGCUUUUAAUAAUGGUACACUCCUCUCGGAUUCUGCAGCUAGUGUAUCACUUGAAUAUUUGAACUUAAAGUCUGUUGGGACAAAAGUCUCUCCUACUCCUAGUAGUAGCAGUCCUGAUCACCUGCCCUCUUAUUCCUCUUCAUACCGUCGGACUAGGGCUGAUACACUACCUUCUUUGUCACGACCUAUUGUUGGCCAUCAUCCUACUUCUUCAUUGUCUAUCGCAACACCUAUUGGAUCCUCUGCUUCUGCUGCUACUCUUCUUACUACCCCAAAACCCAAUUCCCGUCUUCGAUCUGGAUCUCUUACUUUACCAUCAGCUUCACUUUCUGCUGCGUUUGGUCCAUCUAUUUUUACCUCAGGAUGGUCUGAUCAUAGAAGUGAAACAAAUGGUCCACCAACUCCUCCAAUGCAGACACCCACUACUGGUGAUUUACUUCGUGGGGAUGAAAAUAAUACUGUUGGUAAAACUUUAGAUUAUUUGGGCCUAGAUGAUCAUGAACAUCUUAAAGCUACUGGUAACCUUCCGAAAAUCAAAGUGGACAUGAAACCAUCAAACGCUCAAAAUUAUCAAUCUUCUGUGGGAUCUAUUUCUUCUUUACCUGCUCUUCGUAAGGAUGCAAAUAGAAUUCGUUCUUAUUCUGUGUCUGCUACUGCCAAGUAUGAUGAUCCGCCGCCUACAACAACUGUAUCUUCAAAUAACCUUUUCCCACCAGGUUCUGCAGCGGUGCAACAAUUUCAUCAAAACCAUUCUCGGCCUCGCGCUAUUAGUUUGGGUAUUUUGGAUCUACCAAAUGAUAUUAUGCUCAUGCGCCAAGGAAGAAAUGGUCAAAUGUAUAAUGAUUUACCAGAAACCGGGCAGGGUUCUAAUACUCCAUCUAGAUCUCUUGGGGGUGAACAAUUGGUUGGAACGAUGCUUAUGGCUGCUAUGGAAGGAAAAAAGAAACAACAGCAACAAAUUCAUAUUGAAGAUGAUUAUUUAUUACCGGAUCAUGAUGAAUUAGAUCAUAACCGUUCUGGUGUGUCAAGUCCUCAUGACCAUACACCUGACCAUUCUCAACAAAGUACACCUCCUCCACAAACACCUACUCGGUCUUUAUGGAUUGGGAAUAUCGAUCCGAAUCUUAGUACUCAAGAUCUUAUGCAACUUUUUUCGCCUUAUGGGUCCAUUGAAAGUUUAAGACUAUUGCCAGAUAAAGAAUGUGGUUUUGUUAAUUUUGUUCGAGUUGAGGAUGCAGUUCGUGCUAAAGAUGAUAUUAUGAAUAGAAUGGGCAGUCGAGUUGGAAAUUGUAUCGUUCGUGUGGGCUAUGGCAAGGCGGAUUCGUUAAAUGCUCAUGAUUUAUCACUGUCAUCACAAACACAGCUUCAACCUACACGUGCUCUUUGGAUUGGAAACAUUCCCACCUCGACCACACCACAAAUUCUACAGAACAUAUUUGCACCAUUCGGUCCAAUUGAAUCUGCUAGAGUCCUAACACACAAAAAUUGUGGAUUCGUCAAUUUUGAAAAAUUAGAUGAUGCCGUAAAAGCCAAGAAAGCAUUGCAUGGUAAAGAGGUUCUUGGAAGUGCUGUUGGCCCUGUUAGAAUAGGAUUCGCCAAGGUACAACCUAAACCAUCACCAACGUCGACUCCAGAGCCAGGUUCUCCUGCAACUCGUCAUAUUCGUAAUCUUUCAUCAUCAUCCUCCUCUUCUAAUAACCAAUGUUCUGGUCAAUGGAACGGACAAGUUGAAAAUUACCAUAAUAAUAUAAUUAGAAUGAUGAUGCCUGGGUCCGGCGGUCUGAAUGAAAAGCAAUUAAUGAUGCGCGAAUUGAGUGGCGGUGUAGAUGAUGACAUUGAGGACGUCAAUGAGAAUCGCCCUCCCACGACGUAUUUUACAUCUAUUCCUCCUGUGGGUGACCCGAAUCCGAAUCGUAAACCUGAUGCUUCAAGAUUGCGAGAAAUUCGCAAACGUUUGGAUAGUGGUCACUGCUCUGCAAAAGAAGUUGAGGCAAUUGCAUCUGAAGUUUUAGAAGAAUACUACAUUGGUAAUACAGUGAUUCAGAAAUUAUUUGAGCGUUGCUCUGAAAAUACCAAAACUAAGAUGUUGGAAAAGAUUGCACCGCACUUAGCGACUAUUGGUAUUCAUAAAAAUGGAACUUGGGCAGCACAAAAAAUCAUUGAUUUUGCUAUUGCUAUCGUAAUGAAUGCGGUCCCUCUUUCCACUAAUCCAAACGGUGCUUUAUUAUUGACAUGGAUGCUUGACACUUCAUCCUUCCCUGGUCGAUAUCGUAUUCUUGCUCCGCGCCUUGCUCCUCACUUGGCACAUUUGUGCACUCACAAACUUGCAUCGUUAACUGUUCUUAAAAUUAUCAAUCAACGACAAGAAGCCGAUGCUCGUGACUUGACGAUUACAUCUUUGUUUUUCUCUGCAAAUGAUCAAAUUCUGGAAGAUGUAUUGAGCGAUCAAGUUCACGGGGUCGGGGUUGUACAAAAAGUUUUGGCUAGUCCAUAUGUUGACAGCAGCGAAAAACAGAGGUUAGCAGAAAAGGUUAAAAUUGUUUUGGGCAAGUUAAAAGUUCAACAGGUGCAAGGAUACAAACGUUUACUGGAAGAAUUGGGAAUGGUUGGUGAUCCUGCUUUGGGCGCACCAGCUAUGAAUUCUGGUCCUUCCCCAGUUGGUAUUCCGCAAGCUGCAGUUAGUAAUCCUACUACCGAAAAUAGCAAUUCUCCUCACGAGCAAUUGGCCCCUCAAUCGGCAGGGCAACAAACUUCAAGUGAAAGUUCUACUCUAAAUUCAGGAACACAGUCUUCCACACCGAUGGCUUCAACACCGACAACAACUUAUUCAUCAGCACCAAUGUUUAUGAAUAAUAUGCCAAUGUCUCCUCACCCACAUUCGCCUUUUCCACCUACAUCACCAUAUCCUCACAUGAGUCCUUUUACGCCUUUCAUUCAUCCGUCCACUUUAGCAGCAGUUGCAGCUGGUAUGUAUGGACAUCCGGCAAUGUUUAGUCCUGCGGCUUAUCCAUACAUGCUCGCAGCAAGUGGUGCGAUUCCACCACCAAUCGCGCACACAUCUCCUCGAAAUGCCAUUUCCGAAUCGCUUUCACCAUCUUCUAUUGGUCACGUCGAAGUCCAGCAGCAAUGA